AUGGCUGAGAUCCACUGGUCUAUCCAAAUCCCUGCACGGGUUUUCCUUCUUGGUCCUUCUCACCACCAUUACACACCCAAUUGCGCUCUUUCAUCUGCAACAUUCUACGAGACGCCCUUGGGAGACCUACUUGUUGAUUUAGAAGUAAUUGAACAGCUUAAAGCAACGCAGAAAUUUGAAAAGAUGGAUAUUGGCGUUGAUGAGGCUGAACAUAGCAUGGAAAUGCACUUGCCAUAUCUUGCUAAAGUAUUUGAGAGGUAA